GGCGGGGCGGCGGCUGAGGCGAAGAAAAGAAGGCGAAGAAGCAAGCUCCGCUGAGGGAGAAGGCGCGUGUUUGCCGCCGUCGGCGCGCGCGGCGGAUGGAGGCGAUGCCUUGCCAGGAGCGGCGGGUGGGAGCCUCUCUCUCGCGGCCGAGCCAGGGCUCCCCGGAGGGAGAGGGCCGGGAGCCCCUCGCUGCCGCCGCCGCUUCCCGCCAGCUCCGCUUCGCCGAGCCAGGCCCCGCCGACAGCAGCCCCAGCCCCGACAGCAGCAGCGGGAGCAGCUGCUGCGAGAACGGAGGCUGCCGCCCUUCGUCGUCGUCGUCGUCGCCGCCCUGCGCCAACGGAGAGGCCCCCAGCCAAGCCGGAGCCUCCUCGCAGCUCAAGCUGCUGCCCAUGAACGACCAGAUCCGCGAGCUCCAGACCAUCAUCCGCGACAAAACAGCUAGCAGAGGAGACUUCGUAUUUUCUGCCGAUCGCUUGAUCAGGCUUGUGGUUGAAGAGGGAUUAAAUCAGCUGCCAUAUACAGAAUGCACAGUAACCACUCCAACAGGGUACAAGUAUGAAGGUGUGAAAUUUGAAAAGGGAAACUGUGGAGUCAGCAUCAUGAGAAGUGGAGAGGCAAUGGAACAGGGUUUGCGUGACUGCUGCAGGUCUAUCCGAAUAGGGAAGAUCCUGAUACAGAGCGAUGAAGAGACUCAGAGAGCCAAAGUGUACUAUGCAAAGUUUCCACCAGAUAUCUACAGGAGAAAAGUACUUCUCAUGUACCCAAUACUAAGCACUGGCAAUACUGUGAUUGAGGCUGUGAAGGUUCUUAUAGAACAUGGAGUUCAGCCAAACGUCAUAAUCCUGUUGAGUCUGUUCUCUACACCCCAUGGUGCCAAAUCAAUAAUCCAGGAAUUCCCAGACAUCACAAUCCUAACAACAGAGGUUCAUCCUGUUGCACCCACACAUUUUGGACAGAAGUAUUUUGGGACGGACUGAAGUACUGAACCAGUUUGUGUUUUGUUACUGUACGAUAUGACUAUACAUUUUUCUACGUUUUAUAAUUUGAAGUGGAGGUAUCGAUGGGUGUAUUUAACUUUGUUUUUUUCUUUUGCCAAAGGUGAAAAUAGUUGACCUGGGCUGAUUUUUUUUAUUUAAAAGAUGAGAUAUUGGUCCUAUGUCCAGUUUUUAUUUUAAUAAGGAGCUGAGGCAAUGAAGCACAUCAGGCUGUAAGAGACUUCUAAUUAUGCGAAUCGAAAUUUCUGCACUCAUAGUCCCUUUUAUUUAUUCUUUCGUAGGCAGUUUAAGCGGCUGCUUGCAACUGUAAAAUAAAAUAACUGUGAAGGCA